GUCUAGAUUUAGAACGAGAGCUCGGAAUCCAAUUAGUUACGAAAGAGAUACCAGUUGAAUACGGUUACGUGAAAACUCAGAUUCCUCAGUUAUGGGAAUUGUAUAAACCAAAGCUGGCUGUUUGUGUUGGAGUCUCAGGAAUGGGCUGUGUGCCAGAAGGUGGUGUUUGUGUUGAAGGUUGCCCAGAUCAACUAGAAUCUGCCAUUGAUAUGAGAAAAAUUGGUCAAAAUGUGAAUGACUCCUGCUGUGAUAACUAGAGCUGCCUUUGAAACAAAUCUGGUCACGGUGGCGGACAAGGUGGACCGAAAACCCGUGGUCGUUACUUCGCCGGUGGUUUCAACCAGCGUUGGACCAGCAGUACGACUCAACAACUCCAUUACUGUGAAGUUUGCAAAAUUUCUUGUGCAAGUCCUCAGACUUACAAAGACCAUUUGGAUGGUGAAAAGCAGAAGAAAAAAGAAGGCAUCCGUCUGUACUGGCCUCCUUAUGGUUCCCACUCCGAGGACUGGAGCUGGCUUGCACUGUGAACUUUGCAAUGUGGCGUGCACUUCUGCAGAUGCCUAUGCAGCGCACAUUCGUGGAACAAAACAUCAAAAGGUCGUUAAAUUACACACGAAACUAGGCAAACCAAUCCUUCCACCAGAACCACAGUUGAUUCAUUCGAAAGCGGUUGGCGCAACUGGAACCGCACCGGCUACACCAGUUACACCAGUUACUACAACUACUAUAGCUACUACAGCCACAAUGGUCAGCGCGGUGAUCACUACGCUUGCUGUUACAACUAUAUCCGCCGCAACGGCCACUCCCAUUACACCUACGGUACCUGCACCUACAUCCUACAUGUACAACAGCAUUCAUCAAAGUAGUGGCUGCAACGCCUAAAAUAAAUUUUCUGGGUGGAAACUAUUUAAAUACUCAUGUUGGAUCAAAAUCUAACGGAUCUGAAAGUGAGGCUGCGCUCGUUACGACAACGACAGUGCAAGCUAGCCAGAUAAU